AUGUCCUUGUACGAUGACUUGGAACCAGUAAACCAAAAACCUGACCAAGUAGUUGGUUGGUCGUCUGGUAUAAAAUUAUUUCAAUCUCAGUUACAACUGAAAAAGGCGGCCCAAACCCAACCUAAAAAGGAACAAAUAAGAAAAUCGGUUACAGUUUUGGCUCCUGUUAUUGACUUAAAAUCUAAACUUGAUGAUGAUGAUUCAAAUUCAAAUUCAAGUUCUAGUUCAAGUAAUUACGGUAGACUUCCUCCAAAGGAGCCAAAGUCUUCUUUUCCUCAAAUUCAUUCUUUAACUUCAAAUAAAGAUUUUGAUUGGAAUAUUGUUAAUGAAUAUGAUCCCAUGUGGCCAAAUGAUUAUGAAAAAGUUGUUAAAGAUUUAAGAGAAAUAAGAGACAAAGAAAGGGAAAAAGAAGAACUUCAAGAAUUGGAGAAAAGGAGAAAAGCAAGAGAUGAUCGAAAUGGAAAAAAAGAUAGAGAUAUUAAAAGUGGAUUAUCAGGUAGAAGAAACAGUGAUGAUGAUGAAGAAGAAGAAAGAGAUCGUUCAAACAGGGUUGGUGGUGUAGCUAUAGCUCCACCUCCUUCUUUACAAGAAUCAAAAUCUGAAAUUUCUACUACUUCACCAAAAGUAGGACAUCCAAAUAUUUCAUUUGCUGGUAGUGCUGUUGCUGCAAAAAUAAUGGCCAAAUAUGGUUUUAAGGAAGGUCAGGGGUUGGGGAAAAAAGAACAAGGAAUGUCAUUAGCUCUUCAGGUAGAAAAAACUUCAAAGCGAGGAGGAAGAAUAAUUCAUGAGAAAGAUAUUAUGAUGCCUCCACCUGCCCCAAAUACUCCACCGAUGAGAGUUGAUUCUCCUCCAGCUUCAAAUAACUUCACACUUUCCAAAACAGAACCUAGCAUUACUGAAAUAAUGAAAUUCCCUUCAAAAGUGGUUCUAUUAAGAAACAUGGUUGGGCCUGGAGAAGUAGAUGAUGAUUUAGAACCUGAAGUCAAAGAUGAAUGCAACACUAAAUAUGGAGAAGUAAUUAAAGUUUUAAUUUUUGAAAUGCCAGAUGCUCCCCAGGAUGAAGCUAUUCGUAUAUUUGUCGAGUUUAAACGUAUUGAAUCUGCUAUUAAAGCUGUGGUUGAUUUAAAUGGACGAUUUUUUGGUGGUCGACAAGUAAAGGCUGGAUUUUACGUUUGGGAAAAAUUUAAUAAUUUGGAAUUGUUAGAUUAG